CCCUGAGCUGUGCUGCAGUUCGAACGCGUAGUCGUUGUUUCGUAGCCGCGGAGUCGAGUUCACACGAGUCAGUAGUCACAGUCAGUCAGUAUUGUCGAGCGUAAUUGGUUGCGUUUUUUCUGAAUCACACACCAGUCCACCCGUCGUCUGCCUUCUGCCUCUGGAUUUGUAUCUUUCUCUGAAGGCGCAGUUGAUGUACAAGUAGUAGCAGCGGUUCAACGCCUGUGGGAGCUCAACAGUCUGGAUUAGUUGUGUAGUGUGUGGAAUCUGGGGAACUGAGCAUCCGAGGAGGAAGAAGAGCUAUUGUUUGUGUGACAAUUGCGUGAAGCUUGCUUUGGGAGUGUAUCGAAGGACCAUAUCUAGGGCCGAGUUAUCGACGACCUGUUCCAACAGAUCAUCGAAUGCGAGAGGAGCAGCUCUGGGCAUACAAAGUAAUCGAAAUCGUUUUCUGUGCGCUCUCAGAAGUACAAAUCAAAGAAGCGGUCGAAUCACCAAUAGGUCAGAGCUAUACGACCAGAGUUCGGUUCGGGAGAAGCUGCGGCCAUUCGUUUCGCGAUAAAUCGCUUGUCGCACGGCAACAAAACCGACCGAUUUGCUCCAUCGUCGCCAGAUGCCAGUGUGAGUGAGAAGUGAGAAGAAUUACAUGGGCAAAGAGUAAAGUCGAAGAAAAAUCUGUAUAACCAAAGUAAGCAAAGUAAAGAAGCAAAUACACCGGAGGAAAUUCAGUGGUGUGCAAUAACAGCGGCUACAGAAGCGGCAAUACAACCGUAGUGCGCAUCAUCAUCAUUAUCAGCAGCAGCAGCAGCAGCAGUAGCAGCAUCCGAGUCGAGUGUAGCUCGUUGCGGCUUCAUCUUCUUCUUCUUUUUCCUGUGGAUCGGAUCAACGAAAAUUUGUUUUCAUGAUAUCUGCUUGGAUAAAUCCCUAUAAUGAGAAGUGUGGAACUUUGAAAGUUCCCGACUCCUACAACGCACGGAUCAUGGACGGCUAUCACGUACAGGCUCAGGACGGCAGCAACAACACAAACACCUAUUCCUAUCACCACCAUCAACAGCAGCAGCAGCAGCAGCAUCAUCAGCAAAAGUACAGUCACCAGAAUCAUCACUUGCAUCGGCACCACAGCAACAACUCCAACAACAGCUACACGACACUGAAUUAUGCCGCCUCGGAUGCGGGCUUCGUAUCGCCACCGCCUUCGCCACGUUCCAACAGUUCGCUAGCUUCCUGUUCGUCUUCAUCCUACUCGUCGGCUUCCUCGUCUUCGGCCGUAUCGUCGGCUGCGUCUACAUCGUCCGGACUGUCAUCGGCUGGGUCCGAGAAUGGAUCUUCAUACGAAAAUCUGGACAAUUCAGCUCAACGGCUAGCAGUGCUGUCGUUCGAGCAGGUUAAAAAGCUGAACGAUGUGAUGAACGAACCCGUUGCCAUCCACGGUCGUGGAAACUUCCCGACCCUGGAGGUCAAGCUGACCGAUCUGGUGAACAUCGUGCGGGAGAAGUUGGAGGCCGAUAUUGGAUCCGGUGGGGCCGGUAUGAUCGUGAAGGAUAUUCGCCUGAAUGGAGGCGCCGCUAGUCACGUGCUGGCUUCAGAAGCACAGCCAUACAAUGAUCUGGAUUUGAUUUUUGCUGUGGAGUUUAGCUCAAACCGACACUUUGAUCGUGUCAAGUCUGCUGUUUUGUCGUCGCUUUUGGACCUGUUACCAGAGGGUGUAGUCAGGCGGAGGAUAACGCAGUGUUCGCUCAAAGAAGCCUACGUUGGCAAGAUGGUGAAGGUGAACAACAACAACGAUGGUGAUCGCUGGAGUCUGAUCUCGCUGGGCAACUCCCCAGGGCACAAGAACGUCGAGCUGAAGUUUGUCGAUACGAUGCGUCGACAGUUCGAGUUUAGCGUCGACUCGUUCCAGAUUGUGCUGGACUCGUUGCUGCUGUUCUACGACUGUACUGAGAGGCCCAUGAUUACGGAGAAUUUCUACCCAUCCGUCGUUGGAGAGUCGGUGUACGGCGAUUUCCAGGAAGCUCUAUACCAUUUGCAGAAGAAGCUGAUAUCGACGAGGCAACCGGAGGAAAUCCGGGGAGGAGGACUGCUCAAGUAUUGCAACUUGUUGGUGAGAAACUAUAUUCCAGUUGAUCAACAGAAGAUCAAAACGCUGGAGCGUUACAUGUGCUCACGGUUCUUCAUCGACUUUCCGGACAUUGAUCAGCAGAAAAUCAAGCUGGAAAGCUACUUGAGGAACCACUUUUGGGGUGAGGUGGAAGAACAUCUACAGUACCAGUACCUGAUGCAUUUAUACGAUGUUGUCGAACAUAGCACAGUCUGUCUUAUGGGUCACGAGCGUCGUCAAACGCUGAUGUUGAUCGAAUCGCUGGCCAUGCAGGUACUCUACCGUGACCAUCCUCAAAAUCCACAGACAACCAUCAUUACAACCACGAGUACGGUACCGCAGCACACCACAAUGUCGCUGCAACCACUUCAGACUCAACUCUCACAAAUGAGCUUACAGCCUCAACAACUCUCACCAGUUCAGCAGACUGUCAUCCACCACCACCAUCCGCAGGGUGUGCCACAGACGCAAACCCUACAGCUCCAGCAUCCACAGGCCAUCAUGCAACAGCAGUCUCCUCAGCCUGGACAAGCUCAACCGCAGCAGCAAACCAUCUCGCUUGCUCCACAACCAGCCGGUCUACUCUACGCCAACGGAAUCUACUACGCUCCAGUCAUCCCGACGACGCUCUGCACGUGCAACGCCACGUGGCUGACGACGUGAUCGGCGCUUGCGGAACCCGAUAACAGCAACAACAACAUCAACUGUACCAAUCCGGCGGCACCACUACUAGUGGGAUCAAUCAUCAGCGUCACCACUACACCGAUCGUGGCCACGUUCGAACCGCAGUCGCAUGCAACGUCACCGUCGACGACGUCAUCGUCCAUCUGCUGCAGUAGCAACUCCUACAACAGCAACAACAUUUACAAUGCAGACAACAGCAGCAACAAUCGUUACUUUACUAAUAUUUUAGUGUCGGAUAGAUGAUUACUAGAACAGUAAGCAUGAUACACGUUUUCCUCUCCACAGCUCAACAGAUUCAAACCAUGUAAACCACACAAAACACUAACACAAAUUGCGUCCGUUCAAAAUCAACUGAAACAAAAGAUCUUUUGUAUUCCGAAAGAGAAACACUACGCAAAAUUGCCAAACCGGUGCAACCAAACAGUGGCGUCAGCGCUAUCUAUAAAGUCAGAGUUAUAAAGCAAUAUUUAAUCGCAAAAAUUCAAUUCAAUCGACCUUCAAAAUAACCACCAACCCUUUUCCCAGCGAAUCUAAAUGUCCAAAAACUACACCAAUUUCGGAAAGAACACGAAAAAAAAUCGCGAGCGAACCAGGAAAACGUUGACAUCUUGUGAUAGCACACAGUGCCAUCUCUGUGUGAGACGCGUCGAGCGGAAUCAAUUCCAACUGAACCAAACUAUAUGAAAAGAAAAAAAAUGUACAAAUAUGAGGAAAUGAAAACAAAUAUCCAUAACCACCAGCAUAAAAAUGCAUCUUACUCGUCAUUUUUGUUCCUUUUCCCACUAUGUGUGUCGAUAUGAGUGUUUGUAAAUGUAUCGAGAAUCAGAUUGAAGUGCAGGAAUCAAACUCAACUAUCUUUGUAAUAGGAACAGAAAAGGUGUUUUAGACUUAGUGGCGCCGAGCCGAGUGACAGGGGCGUGCGAAAAAUUACUAAGCAAUUUUAACUAGGUGUUCAGAGUUUAGGCCAAUUAAGGGACACACAUUUUUAACACUCUUUGUCAAUCGUCAUGAGAAGAGGUGAAAAUCUUUAGGAGAUUUAGGGGCGAAACAAUCGCAAAUUAGUUGUCCGAUCCGUGUUAGUUGACGCCACUGUUUGAUGUUGUACCUGCUGCGCGGUUGGAUGGUGUGGAGAAAAGUGAGGUUACGGUCUGUAUGGUUUCGAUAAUUAAUAACAGUAAGCAGUCAAAGAGUGACUGGAUGUAUGUUUGAAAGUAAAAUUUCGUUUAAUAGAACACAGAUUUGAACUGGAAUGUCUAACAAUUAUUCUACAAUCUAUUGUUUAAGGAUUGGCAAGUUUUACCUUAUUGCUUCUUAAUUUCGUUAAAACUGCAGACAAUCUUUCUAAAACUUGGAGCAUGAAUAGGGAAACGACUGUUUUAAUGGUUCUUAAACGCUAACAGUUGGUGCCAGCUACUAAAAGCACAGACCUUUCGAACAUUCAGUUUAUCUCACUGGCCGCUGAGUGGCGACACUGGGUUUGUAUUCCACUCACUGAUCGUGCUUCUCAAAUUUCUCAAACUUCCAACACAAGCGCAUGGAAGAAUGGUAGUCGAGAACUGUCAAAUCGCAUGAAAAAUAAUGAAAAACGUAAAUUACUUCCAAUUAGGAAACUGGAUCCAAAAUGUAGUGAUUUAAAAUCAACCGUAACGGGAAUUCAAAACUGUUUGUGUUUAGUUCAUCUUCCGUGGUGCUUGUUUUGCUUCAGGUUUUCGUUUUUGCUACCAUUGAAAAAAGAGCCAUCUAUUGCCUUUUCAAUUUUGAAUAUCGCCCUAUUGCUUCUUAAUUUUGUUAAAACUGCAAACAAGUUGUUAUUUUCUGAAACUUGGAGCAUGAAUUGGAACAUAAACGAUUUGCUUGACAAGGCAAUUCAUGAGACAACUGUGAUCUGCUGUUUUCGGUUUGUUCCCCAUGAGAUUUUGACGUUUCGCAAUCGGAGUGACCGUUCGAUUAUAUGGUUACCAUCCGUCCUGAUUGAGCAGGACAUGCUCUUAUUUUAAGAUUUUGAUGAGGCGUCCUGAUUUAUUUGUCACAUUUCAAGUUUUGUCCUGCUUUUUCCUGCUUGGCGAAUAUCUUGGAAUAUUUCGAAU